UCUAAAACACUUUAAAUCGUCUUUGUAUUGUAUCUGAAACAAAAGUUUGUACAAAUUGUAAUAAAUUGCUAGAAUAGAAUUGCUUAAAUUAACGAGUUACAAGAGAGAAUAAUCAUCAUGAGCCGUGCCACCUCCUUCUCGGAGUUCAAAAUGCUGGCCCCCACCAGUUUCAUGACCCGCAUGCAGUCCCAGAACGUGGCCAAGAAGCUGCUGAGCAGCAGGCAGGCGCGCAAUUUGUUGCCAACGCGUCGAAUGCCCACCUAUCCGGAAUUUCGACGCCUGAUGAAGGAAGUGUAUCCAGAUCGCAGCCUGUCCAGAGAUGUCAAGGAAAAGCCGGCGGCCAAUAUGGAGAGCAUCUACCUCAAGCUGGUGGAGAUGCGGCAGGCGCAGUUUGAUCGCAAGCACCUAAAGGGCAUCAAGUCGGUGAUCAAUACGCGUCAACCGAAUACGAAUAGUCUCAUACUGGAGAGGACAUCGGUAUUGGAGGAUCUGCAGAAGAAGCAGGACAUCUUUCGGCAUAACCUGCAAAUGCUGAAGCGCAUCAAUAGGACCCAGCGGCUGCACGGCGUAGUCAACUGCUUCAAUGCGACACUCCAGCGAGGCCCAUCGGGCAGGCACAGGGAACGUGUGCGGGCGGAGCGCUUGUCGCGCGCCAACAGGGAUCUGGGCUGCCGCCUGGCAAUGGUCAAGUCGAAGGUGGACUGCCACAAUCCGUGGGUGCCGCCGCCGCCGCCCAUGGAGCGUAGGGCCUCGCAGCAGACGUUGGUCAAGUACGCGCCCUUCAUACCAGCACCGCAGGCGGCUGAGAUUGAUCCCCAUGCACUGCUGCGACCCGUUCUCUACUACGAUCUGGUGGAGGGCGACAAUCAGCCGCUGGGCCGCAUCAGCAUUCAGCUGUACACGGAGGUCAGUCCAGAGGUGGUGCUGGAAUUCGUGCGUCUUGCCACCUACAACGAUGUGCAGGGCCACCGAUUUCUGCGCAUAUUCGCCGACCUUUGGAUGGAGGGUGAGCUGGUGCUUGGGUCCCGGGAUGCCCUGCGCCGCCAUCACAGCAGCAAGCACUCGCAGCUGGACCACACUCGGCUGACGGGAUUCCUCUCCUAUGCCGGGGACUAUCACCAUCACUUUCCCCAGGGUCUGCUCAACUACACGAUUAGCUUCAAGCCCCUGGCAGUGCAGUCGCUGCAUCGUAUCGUCUUUGGUCGCGUUUUUGGCGGUCACAGAGUGCUACAGCUCUGCCAGGCGUUUGGCACGAAGAACGGCAAGCCCAAGAGCCCUGUGACCAUCACACAGUGUGGCUUGCUCUAAUGGGAGUCGAGUCCCAUUCCCAGUCCCAGUUGCAGUCCCAGUCCACUGCCGCCUGCCUCAUUAUCCAUGUGCUCCUAUAUUAGCAUAAAAAGGAGCGGUGAAAAAAAACCGUAUCACACUUUUGUGGGCCAAUGCGACAGAAAAUCUCUCUCCCUUCAACAAAAUGCAAAUAAAAAAAAUUAUGAAGUGUA